AUGGUCAAUAUGGGAAGGCCAUGGGGAACCAAGAGCCUUAUCGCCAUAUUUAUGGCUGUACUUCUCUUGUCCACUGUAUUAUUUCAAUUUGGUACACAGAUCCAGUCAUUGGUUACAUCUGAAGCUCAAGACAAUAUACCAUGGAGAGAUGAUGCCGCCAUUGAAGAAUCUCGGUUAGAAGAUGAACGUAAAGCCAGAGAUGAAGCAGAAAAGAAAGCAAGGGAAGAAGAUGAGCGACUAAAAUGGAUCAGCGACCAUCUAUCGGUGCGUGAACCAGUUCUGACCGAAGCUGAUGCUAAUAUUGCGACACAUGAUUACGCUGUACCGAUUCCUGUCAGUUCUUGGACUAAAGAUGAUACAAAACAAUACACAUCAGUUUUUGGGCAACUGUUCUUGGCGGAUUUAUUUACCAAGCCUGAGAAGCUUCCUGACUUCAAACUUCUAACUGUCCAACAGCGAGUGUUUAAGGCUUUAUUCCAGUACUUUGAUCCCAUUAUAACAGCUGGCCAGGACUUUAGAUCCGACCCUGCCUGGGAACUAUAUGAACGUCUCGAAAACUCACUAUACCCGUGGCUCAAGCCUAAUUGGAGCAAUGCCUUCCACAUCAAUAAUAAUACCCAGGGCCGUGGUAUUGUAAUGUGCAUCGGCAACGAUCAAUUCAAGUAUGCAGUUCCUACUCUCAAAGGUAUCCGCCAUGGUCUAAAUUCUACACUACCUAUCCAGGUGUAUUAUAUUCGUGACGAUGAUCUGUCAGAAACCCGCCGUCGAUAUCUUUUAUUGGAAUUUACUGAUCUCACUAUCCAUAAAGCUGUUGAUUCAUUUAACGACCGAUAUACUCGAUUUGGCGGCUGGUCUGUCAAGUCUUAUGCUAUGCUGGCCAGUAGCUUUUCAGAAGUUAUUCUAAUGGAUGCCGAUGUGUAUUUUUUCAAAAAUCCUGAACUUCUGUUCAAUGAUCCCGGAUACAAGACUACUGGAUCUCUUUUUUACUACGAUCGUACUCUUUUUCCAGGCUGGGAUGAUGGCCGGAAAUGGUUAGAGUCUUUCUUGCCUACAGUAAGCUCGCAUGCUCUUAACACUCGUUGGUGGACAGCACGCUCGGCCCAUGAGCAAGAAUCGGGCGUAGUUAUCAUGGAUAAACGCAAAUGUCUAUUAGGUCUUUUGUCGACUUGCAAGAUGAAUGACAAACGUGAACGCGAUGAAGUCACCUACAAGCACGUUCAUGGUGACAAGGAAACCUUUUGGAUUGGCUAUGAAAUGGUCCAGACACCUUAUGCAUUUGUCAAAUCGUACGGUGCAGUAAUCGGUGGACUCGGCGAUGGCGGAAACUCUGCUAAUGUUUGUGGAAACCAACUUCACCUUGAUAUUGACGGCGAUCCUCUCUGGUGGAAUGGUGGUUUACUGAGAGAUAAAAAUAAAUGGGAUAAUCGCUAUAUGAUGGUUACCCAUUUCGCGGAAGGCGAAGAUUGGGAAUUCGAUACUUCAUGUAUCAAAGAAACAGACAAGAUUCGUACAUUCUCUAACAAGGACAAAGAUCUCGGAAAGCUCUAUCAAAAAUAUGAUGCCCAGCGAAAGAAAGAAGAAAAAUCCAUUGAAGAGGAUACUUGGAUCCCAACAAAAUCAAAAUAA